AUGCAGUCCCUCCAGUCCAUUUUGGCGGGGAUCCGCCAGGGAGACCUCCUCACCUCCAUAGAUCUGCGGGAGGCUUACCUACACAUCCCAAUUCACCCCCGACAUCGGAAGUUCCUGCGCUUCUUUUAUGCAGGCCGCCACUUCCAGUACAGGGCCCUUCCAUUCAGCCUGUCCUCGGCCCCCAGGACCUUCACCAAGGUUCUGGCGGUAGUGGCGGCCCACCUCCGCUGCAGGCCCAUAAGGCUCCAAUGCUACCUAGACGACAUCAUUAUUCAGUCAUCGUCCAGGCAGCAGGCCUUGCGGGAUCUCCAGAUAACCAUGAGGACCCUCAGGCAUCACAGGUUCUCCCUAAAUCUCGAAAAAAGUCACCUUACCCCAACCACCAAGAUCAAUCACUUGGGGCCGGUGAUAGACACCAUCUCCUGCAGGGUGUUCCUCUCCCAAGACAGGUUAGAGGCCCUCAGGUCCAUGACCCUCUCUGUACGGCAAGCAAGGCAGGUUCCGAUUGUCCUCCUUUCACAACUACUGGGGAAGAUGAUCUCCUGUCUGUCGAUCGUCCCUUGGGCUCGUCUCCACUCCAGAGCCCUGCAGUGGCUGCUUCUUCCUCAUCAGAGGGCCAACAGGAGCAACUCACCAAGACUGAUUCCAGUACCUCAGUCAGUCAAGAGGUCCCUCCGGUGGUGGGCUUCCCCAGCUCUGACCAAGGGACACCUGUUCAAGGAGCCCGACCGGCUGGUUAUCACCACCGACGCCAGUCUCGCAGGUUGGGGAGCGCACAUGGAUCAUCUCGUGGUCCAAGGCAGGUGGUCCCCGGCGGAAUCGCGUUGCAGCAUCAACCUUCUGGAGCUGCGAGCUGUGAGGUUGGCCCUCCGUCAUUUCCACCAUCACAUACGCCACCGUCAUGUCCUAUUGAUGACAGACAACGUCGCCACAAAGGCGCACAUCAACCGCCAGGGCGACACCAGGUCAAAAAGGCUGAUGGCAGAGGCGGAGGCCUUGGGUCUAUGGGCGGAGCGACACCUGGAAUCGAUCCGCUCCGACCACAUCUCCAGCGUGGACAACACCCAGGCGGACUGGCUGAGCAGGACCACCAUAGACUCCGCGGAAUGGCGGGUGGAUCCUGCUCUGUUUCAACAACUUUCUCGCCGGUUCGGCCUACCGAUGAUAGACCUGUUUGCGACAAAAGCCAACACGCACCUUCCGCGCUUUUUCUCCCGUUUCCAGUGUCCGGGAGCGGAAGGAACGGAUGCUCUUCGCUGCAGGUGGCCUCGCGGCCUCCUCUAUGCGUUUCCUCCUCUUCCACUCCUUCCCCUUCUUCUAAUCAAGAUCAUAGAAGAGGGGGCAGAAGUUCUACUCGUGACGCCCCACUGGCCCCGGAGGUCGUGGUUCGCCGACUUGGCUCUCACGGGUCCGCCGUUUGAGCCUCUCCAGACAGCCUCUUUCAAGCACCUUUCACUAAAGACUUCUUUUCUCAUCGCCAUCACCUCCGCCUGUCGGAUCUCGGAGCUGGCGGCUCUGUCUAUGCGCCAGGACUUAUGCGUCGUCCAUUCCAACAGGGUCGUUUUGCGGCUUGAUCUGACCUUUCUCACCAAGGUCAACUCCUGGUACCACAGGGCGCAGGAGGUUGUGUUGCCGAACUUUUGCCCGCAUCCAAGCGAGCGCAAGUGGCACAAGCUUGAGGCUCUUUUAGCAGAAGGAUGGCAUGAUUUGGAUAACACGGAUUAUGAUUGCUGGCCCUUGGAGAAACCGGAUGAGUAUAACAUGCUGGAUUGUGGAGGUCUAGAGAUGGCUUGGGUCCAUAGGCCUCCAGAAAAGAUAAUAAGUGGAGAAUCCUUUGAUGUCAUCUACUCUGUCUUUGCUUCUGAUUACUUCUACCAUUAUGCUGUGGAAAACGGGAUCUUCGCCCACAGUGAUGCAAAGGAUGCUAAGAAGUUUUGUGAGGAACAAGAAUGUCCUCCCAACUGGAAAGAAGCUAAUGGAGAAAACUGUUGUGUUCAUCAUGCGAACAUUCAUUCCUGUCCAUUGGCUUUCAUGGCAAAUGGAGGCAUAUGUGGACCAUGGAUCCCAGAUGAUGGUCAGAUAUUUACACAUACAGUGUCUACUGCAGGCAAAAUGACACAGACAAACUGGACUGCUAAGGUGGUCCUGGUACAUGUGGGUGUGACGUCUCUCAUUGCCCAUGUCAGAGUGGGGAAAAUGCAGGCUGCUUUAGAGGCCCAAACAAUAGUGCUCCCUGCAGUAGUCUGUGGCGAUGACAUUUGCGAAGAUGAUGAAAGCUGUUCCAUAUGCCCAGCUGAUUGUGGGGAAUGUCCUUUGACAACUGAAAUCAAGAUAGUCAUUGCUCUACCAAUAUGUUUAGUCUGCACUGGUUCCAUUUUAACAAUCUUGUGGUUUCAGUACCAAAAACAAAAAAUGUUUUGGGAUGAAAGCUGGAUUAUAGAUUACAGCUGUAUCAAGCAAGACCGUUUUCCAAGAAUUUCCACGGGGAGUGCCUUGAGUAUCCCACAUGCACCCAGCAUCUCCAACACCAGUUGUCUCACGGGGUUAAGCUCAUCUACAGCCCCUACCAAUGCUUCCAAGGUGAACUGCUUCUCGCCCUCUGGAAUCUAUGAUGGCAGAACAGUUGCCAUCAAAAAAAUAAUGAAAAAGACAUUUACCCUUACCAAGACCAUACGUAAAGAAGUCAAGCAAGUUAGACAAUUAGAUCAUCCAAACAUUUGCAAAUUUAUUGGAGGUUGCAUUGAGGUACCAAAUAUUGCCAUAAUAACAGAAUAUUGCCCUAAAGGAAGUUUGAAUGAUGUGCUGCUUAAUGAAAACAUUCCUUUAAACUGGGGCUUCAGACUUUCUUUUGCCACUGAUAUUGCCCAAGGAAUGGCAUAUCUUCACCAUCAUCGAAUUUAUCAUGGACAACUGAAAUCAAAGAACUGUGUUAUUGAUGAUCGCUGGGUCUGUAAGAUUUCAGACUAUGGUUUGCAAUCCUACAGAAAAGAGGAUUCAGGGAUGAAUUCCAGUAUUGCCCAUCCAGUAUAUUUGGCUCCCGAAGCUCAUUCCAUGCCAAACUUUGAACCAACCCCUGCUGCAGAUGUAUAUAGCUACGCUAUCAUUCUUUUAGAAAUAGCAACAAGAAGUGAUCCAUCACUGAAGGAUGAUACACAUUCAGAAAAAUAUUCCUUGUGCCUCCCUUUGGCAGAACUAAUAUCUGAAAAGUCUGAAAAUGCUUGUCCAUGUGCCACAGAAUAUAUAGAGCUCAUCAGAAAAUGUAGAAAAGGCAAUCCAUCACAAAGACUUACUUUUGAGCAAGUCAAGAAAUUGUUAUGUAAAAUGAACCCAAACAAAGUUAGUCCAGUUGACAUGAUGAUGACUUUGAUGGAGAAAUACAGCAAGCACCUGGAGGUAUUAGUAGCGGAAAGAACACAGGAUUUAACAUAUGAAAAACAGAAGACAGACUGUUUGCUGUAUAGUAUGUUACCAAAACAGGUUGCAGAUGAUUUAAGGCAGGGGAAACCAUCACAGGCCCAAAGUUAUGUAAAUUCCACUAUAUUUUUCAGUGACAUUGUUGGCUUCACGCAGCUCUCCAGCACCAGUACACCUUACCAGGUUGUGGACUUUUUAAACAAACUCUACACCACUUUUGAUGAAAUCAUAGAUAAUUAUGAUGUCUACAAAGUUGAAACUAUAGGAGAUGCCUACAUGGUAGUAUCAGGAGUGCCAAGAGAGAAUGGCAUUCAUCAUGCAAGUGAAAUUGCAAGCAUGGCUCUGGAGCUUGUUUUGGUGUGCAAAACGUUUAAGAUUCCACAUAAGCCUGAGACCCAGCUUAAAAUUCGAGCAGGAGUCCACUCAGGUCCAGUUGUGGCAGGAAUUGUUGGAACCAAAAUGCCACGGUAUUGUCUAUUUGGGGACACAGUCAACACAGCCUCCAGGAUGGAAUCUACCAGUGAAGCUCUCAAAAUACAAUGCAGUUCAAGCACAUACCAGCUGCUGCAACAGAUUGGAGAGUAUAUAUUGGUGUGCCGGGGGAAUUUGCAAAUCAAGGGAAAAGGUGAUAUGGUAACAUAUUGGUUGGAAGGAAAAAAGUCUCGAAUAAUUCAGAAGAAGGGAUUAAGCCCAUCUGCAACCUCUGAAGCUAUUAACCAGAGUGGUUUUGGUAUCAUUCCUGGUGUUGUAUAG